GUCAAACAAGACAUCAGAUAGAUAAGAGCAGUUGCAGACGGGUUUCUUUGGCAAAGUAUCAGCAUUUUCAACAGAAUCAAAUUUUAGCUCUCCGAGGGAAGCAGAUUGGAUCAUUACUGUCAUUAGAACUCCUCCUCAGAUAGAUGUAUAAUAACCACCAUCAGGGAAAGAACAUCCAUCCCUCCUCGAGAAUGGCAGUCCCUCCAGAGAGGCAUUUGCUCAUGCGAGGAGUGAAUGGACCAGUAGAUUCUGGACUCGUACUUUCAACCGACGCAAAGCCUAGACUAAAAUGGACACCAGACCUCCACGAACGGUUCAUAGCAGCAGUCAGUCAGCUUGGAGGAGCAGACAAGGCCACUCCGAAAUCAGUUUUGAAACUCAUGGGGAUUCCAGGACUUACAUUAUACCACUUAAAGAGCCAUCUUCAGAAGUACAGGCUCAGUAAGAAUCUCCAUGGACACGCUAACAGUGGGACAAACAAAAAUGUGGCAGGAGACAGGAUGUCUGAAACAAAUGGAACUCAUAUGGAUAAUCCAAGCAUUGGAACCCAAACAAACAAAAGCUUACCCAUAAGUGAAGCCAUACAGAUUCAGAUUGAAGUGCAGAGAAGACUACACGAGCAGCUUGAGGUACAGCGGCACUUACAGCUCCGUAUAGAGGCCCAAGGAAAAUACCUACAGUCAGUGCUUGAGAAAGCCCAGGAGACCCUUGGAAGACAGAACUUGGGUACAGUCGGAUUAGAGGCUGCGAAGGUUCAGCUCUCUGAAUUGGUCUCGAAAGUAUCUACCCAAUGUCUGAAUCCUACUAUCUCAGGGCUGAAAGAAGUGUCAGGUCUGUGCCCACAGCAAACACAAGCAUCCCAGCCCACAGAUUGUUCCAUGGAUAGCUGCUUGACCUCGUGUGAAGGCUCUCAAAGGGAUCAAGAGAUGCACAACAGCGGAAUGGGAUUUAUAUCUUUUGAUGGCAAUACAAAUUUCGGGACAAAAGAGGUUGACCGUGACCCUAGACUGCAGCAGACUGAACUCAGAUGGCGCGAAGACAUGAAAGAAAAUAGAAAUUUUUUUCUACCAAUGACAAAAAACACAGAAAGAUCAUUUGCUACGGGAAUUAACUCCGAUGACUUAUCCAUAGGAGUUGGACUUCAAGGAGGAAAAGGAAAUAGCAGCAGCUUCUUUUCAGAAAGAAGGUUUAGAGGAAGGGAUGAGAAUCUCUGUACUCUAGACCAGACCACCAAAAGAACUGAUUCAGUUCGACGGGAUGAUGACAAGAUACCACCAGGAUUUAAACUGCCUUACUUUGGACCAACACUAGACUUGAACACCCGAGAUGAAAAUGAUGCUGCUUCAAACUGCAAGCAAAUAGACUUGAAUGGUUUCAGCUGGAACUGAGGGAGUUAGCUGUAAGAAGAAAGAAUACAAGUUGAAGCGGAAAUGCGUCUUCAACUUUUGAUUCUUCAUCAUAAAACGAAGUUAGGACUUCGUUACGGAAGCCUGUUUCUCCCUCAUUCAGGGUAGAUGUAGACCAAAAAGAGUUGACAGCAGUAGUAUUUGUAAGCUAUAUAGCUCUGGCAAAAUAUGCAAUUUUACUCACUGUUAAGUGUAGACUUCCAUUAAUGGGGAGCGCAAAGAGCAUCCAAUGCAAAUCAGCAGAAUUAAAGUACCUAAUCAGAAUAGCGCCUGUACUGAGAGAGGGGUCAAGGUUGCAAGAUAAUAAUAUCUUCAGUCAAGCAGCAAAA